AUGUCGCACUUCGUUCCAAGUCAUGUCGAAAGCUCUCCGCCGGAAGAGCUCGCCGUUGCCUCACCACCUGUCUCGUCGGUUCGUUCGCAGUCGUCGCGCGGUAAGCCUUUCCCAUGUUCGUCGGUCGAUCUCGUUACCAAUUCCCCAUCCACCGCCUGCCAAAGCGCGGAAGUGAUUACCCAACCUCGGCAGUCAACAGUCAUUCUGUCAACAGCAGUGAUAAAAGUGAAAGACGCUGACAAUCAGUACGUUUUCGCCAGAGCCCUCCUGGAUAGUGGAUCACAGCCGAGCUUCAUCUCCGAAGCACUUUGCCAAAAACUUCGUUUGAAGCGGACAAAGCUGAACUCGCCAGUCAGUGGGAUCGGACAAUCCGUCGUUAACGUCCGCUAUGCUGUGACACUAUCGCUUACCUCUCGUUUCGAAACCUUCACUGCUCAGUUGGACUGCCUCGUGCUACCAAAGCUUACCGUCUCGCUGCCUAGCCACCACAUCGACGUCACUCGCUGGAGAAUCCCAAGGAAUCUUCCUCUCGCUGAUCCACAGUUCAACAUCAGCCAAGGCGUGGACAUCAUCAUCGGAGCUGCUCUGUUCUUCGAUCUUCUCGAGCACGAUCGCAUCUCGCUCGCCUCUGGCUAUCCAACGCUUCAGAAAACAGUGCUUGGAUACAUCGUCUGUGGAAAGCUAGAGCAGCCAACGCCCGAAGCAACAGAAGCCCAGACCUGUCACAUCUGCGUUGAAGACAGGCUCGAUACCCAGCUCCAGCGUUUCUGGGAAAUUGAAAACUUCGAUGACGGUAAAGCACUCACUCCAGAUGAACAGUUCUGCGAAGACCACUUCCAGAGCACCGUCGCUCGUGACAACACGGGCCGCUACGUCGUUCGUCUUCCGUUCAAGGAAGAAAAGGUGUCGAUGCUUGGAGAUUCGCACACCGCUGCGCUGCGAAGAUUUAAACAAAUGGAGAAAAGAUUCGCCGUCGAUGAAGAUCUCCGUCGCAGCUACACAGAGUUCAUGGAGGAGUAUGAGAGGUUGGGUCAUAUGGAGUUGGUUCCCGUCGCGUCGCGUAGCCCGCAGUUUUUCCUCCCGCACCAUGCCAUCCAGCGACCAGAGAGUACGACCACUAAAACGCGUAUGGUGUUCGACGGUUCCUGUCGUGGAGCGGCCUCGAUAUCGCUGAACGAAGCACUGUACGUCGGACCAACGGUUCAACCGGCGCUCUACUCCACUGUCGUUAACUUCCGUCUGCCACGUUUCGCUAUAACUGCCGACGCAGAGAAAAUGUUCCGGCAGAUUUGGGUCCACCCAGAUGACCGCAAAUUCCAGCAAAUUCUUUGGCGUGGCAGUCCAUCGGAACCGAUCCGCACGUACCAACUAAAAACCGUCACCUACGGUCUUGCAAGCUCACCAUUCCAUGCUGCUCGCGUUUUGAACCAGCUAGCCGACGACGAAGGACAACGAUUCCCGCUGGCCGUGCCAGUGGUAUUGAAAGGCACCUACGUAGACGACGUGAUCACUGGAGACGACGACCAUGAUACAAUGGCUGAGACUUGCAAGCAGUUGAGCGAAAUGAUGAAGUCCGGUGGCUUCGUGCUUCGAAAGUGGGCUUCGAACUACAAAACAGUUCUGUGUCACAUUCCAGAAGAACUGUGGGAGACAUCGGCAGAGCUAGAGCUCGAUCGUUCGCAAGCCGUCAAAACUCUGGGGUUGUUGUGGUUCCCCCAGCGGGACGUAUUCAAGUUCAAGGUCCCUGCGCUACCAGAUUUGCCUGCCGUGACAAAGCGGAUUGUCGUCUCCGAGAUGUCCCAACUGUUCGACCCACUCGGACUUCUUGGACCCGUGGUCGUGAACGCAAAGAUGUUCAUCCAAACUCUCUGGGCAGCAGACCUGUCGUGGGAUUCUGAGCUUGGAGAAGAUUCAGCAGCAUGGUGGAGAAAGUACCGUGCUGACAUCGAACGGCUUCACCAACUGGAAGUUCCGAGAAGAGUUCUCUGGAACACUCGAAGCCAAUACUCUAUCCAUUGCUUCUGCGACGCCUCGCAGAAGGGUUACGGAUGCUGCGUCUACAUCGUCUCAUCGGACAAGCUUGGGCAGCUCCACUCGCAUCUCCUAACAUCGAAGUCUCGUGUUGCACCACUUCGUGGACAGUCAAUUCCACGGCUGGAGCUCUGCGCAGCACGACUCGGGAGUCAGUUGGUGCACAACCUACUGACAAACACCAACUUGUCUGCACCAGUCACGUUUUGGACCGACUCAGCCGUCGCACUUCACUGGAUCAAAUCCAGAUCGAAUAACUGGAAAGUUUUCGUAUCCAAUCGGGUCGCAGAGAUCCAACGCCUGACGAAAGAUGCACCAUGGAUGCAUGUACCGACCGAUCUAAACCCUGCCGACCAUAUCUCCCGAGGAAUGCUUCCAAGCCAGAUCCUACACGACAAGCUGUGGUGGCAUGGUCCAGCGUUCCUUACCUCCCCCGUCGAUCAGUGGCCGGAGUGUGCGGUUUCGAUGCCGACCAAGUCGGAAAUUGAAGAAGAAAUGCGUCCAUUGGUAUCCCUCCCGCUGGUAGACGAAAACGUUAACAUUUUCAACGAGUUUUCCGAGUUAGCCAAGCUAACGCGAUUCGUUGCGUACUGCUACCGCUUCCGAAACAACUGCAAAGUUCCAAAGAACCAACGCAUUCUGUCCUCGCUGUCGCCGGAAGAAGUAGACUUGGCGCUGAAGUCGAUGGUACGCCUUGCCCAGAGCCAGGAAUUCCCAACGGAAGUUCGCCUGUACCACCGUUAA